AUGUUAACUGGAAAUAUGUUUUUAAAAAGCGUUGCUUCAAUUAAACAAGUAAAACAUUAUGGAGGAUUAACAUAUCGAAAUAAAAAUCAUAUAACUUUGCGCGAAGAUAGUAAUGUAGUUGUCAAGUUCUGUGAAUUCAAUCAAAAUAAUUUUCGAUAUUUUGCAACUAAUGUAGUAGGCAAUGCCAAUCAAAGACCAGAUUGGAACAGAGCAGUUUCAGAAGCUGAAAAAAUUGUUGGAUAUCCUACUUCUUUUCUUAAUUUGAGAUGGUUAUUAAGUGAUGAAAUAGCUAACGUUGCUCUACACCUUAGGAAGUUAGUCGGGUCAAAUCAUCCAUUACUUAAAACAGCCAAGAGUUUAAUUUACAAUGGAAAAAAUAAUAUGCAAGCAUGGGGUCUUAUAGUGUUACUAAUUUCGAAAGCAGCUGGUCAUCAUAACGUGAAUGCUAUGGAAGAAGAUAAAGCUGCAGGGGUUUUGCAUAACCAACGAGCACUUGCAGAAGUUACCGAAAUGAUAAGAACAAGUCAUUUAGUUCAUAAAGGAUUAGUUAACAUUGAACCAGGAGUUUGUCCUGAACCUUCUGAAUUGACUGAUGUGACAUUUGGUAAUAAGAUCGCACUUCUAAGUGGAGAUUAUUUACUUGGUAACAGUAGUGCUGAAUUAGCUACGCUUCGAAACCAAGAAUUGGUAGAACUAAUGUCAAGUGCGGUUCGUGAUUUGGCUGAAGCUGAGUUCAUUGGAAGAAGAGAUAAACAAAAUAAUCCAUUACCUCCUAUACCACCAGAAACCCGUGAAGGAUAUGCCGUUAGAGAAUGGACUUUGCAAAAUGUACUGAGCGCUGGUGCGUUGCUUGGUAAAUCAUGUCAAGGAACUUUAAAAUUAGCAGGACAUAAUAAAGAUAUUCAAUCGCACGGUUACCGAUUUGGUAAACACUUAGCACUUGCUUGGCAGGUAAUUAGUCGUAUUUUGUAUCAUUAAAUAUAAAUCAUAAUUAAUGAUAUCAGUCGUAAGUAUUUAAUUUAAUAGUAUAUUAACCAAACAAGAAAAUUGAAUUUUAUAUGAAAUUUUUUUUUUGUAAUUUCUUAGUAAUAUUAUUAAGAAAUACUAGCAAUCUGCAGUCACUAUGCGACUGCCGAGAUUUACGGAUUACGAAUGAGAAAACUUUGGCUUAAUUACUUUUUGACAUUUCUAUAAUCACAUCAUACAAAGUUUAGGUACUUUUGAAAUAGAUUUGAAAGAGAAUAGUGCUGUGACAGGAUCAAUAACAAAUAAUUGGAUGGACAAAUGUGACGGAAUAAAUUUA